UUGAAGUUCUUCCAAUACGGAUGACAUCUUUGAUCGUCAGGUCCUUUAAGAGCACGGACGAAUUCGCACUGACUGGAGCCGUUGCCCCAAUCAGUUCCAUGCAACAUGAAGCCACAAUGGUCCGAGAGUCCGACUUGGUACAUGUUUUCCAGCUUUGGGCCUUUCCGAGCGGGUGAGGAAUUGGAUUUGGGGUCGGGAUGAUAGAUGUGAAGGACCUAGUGGCGUUUGAAUUUCUGAAGUGUCAGCUGACAGUGCAUGAACCUACAACAUGUUUUAUUUGUACUUUUGAGGGUGCAAACGCCUGCCAGUUUUGAAAUUGUUUUGAACAAAACCGACUACUCUCCAAAAGAACAAUGUUUUUUUUGCAAAAAGAAUGCCUCAGCAGCCUCCGCCACUUCAGCCGCAGCCCAUCUUCCAGUGGCGCCGUGCAGCACUCGGCGUCCACCCCCUCUGGUUGCGGCGUCUUCGCCCCCAAAACACGUUGCAUCGUGGCCUUUGCAUCAGCAGCGCGCGAUGCGGGCGCUGCUGGGCCGUCCAUGGCGGCUUUCCGCCGCCUCGAGAGCCUUGAGGCCGCAAAUGCACGCGCUCCGGUGCUUCUCUGGAGAAGACAUGGCUGCCUUACACAAGAGUCCCAUUGUGCAGCUCCUAUGGAAGGAGCGCGCCAACUCUGCGCGGGUCACUGCCGGCGCCAAGCCGCAGGAGAAGAUCUUGACGAAGACGCCCCACUGCUCAAGAGUAGAGGUCCAGUACAACUUCAAGGAUGAUCCGCUGUUGAAAGAGCAGUACCAGAACUUCAACGGUCUCAUGCAGUUUAGCAAGCUCUUCGAAGAUCUGGAUGCUCUCGCAGGCAAUGUGGCCUUCAAGCACUGUGAUGAUGACGAUCCUGAAACCAGGAUGCCUCAGUUGGUGACGGCGUCGGUGGACCGGAUUCGCCUGCAGCCGGGCACCGCCAUCUCCCUGGACAAGAAUUAUACCAUGACUGGUCAGGUGUCCUGGGUCGGAAGUUCCUCCUUGGUGAUUCACAUGCAGCUCACCACCGAGGAUGCGAAGGACGUCCUGAAGGCGAACUUCACCUUCGUCGCGCGGGACGUGACCACGGGGAAGAGCUGCAAGAUCAAUCGCUUGCAGCCAGAGUCAGAGGAGGAGAAGCGACUAUUCCAAGCGGCCGACGACAAGAUUACGGCCAUGAAGGCUGCCCGCAAGGCAGGGAAGCGUGGAUCAACCCAUGAGCUCGACGCAAACAGUGCCGCCAUGGCACGGGAGCUUUUAGACCAAGGGCGGCUACUUCAGGAUAUGCCGGGCCUGGCCGUGGGAGAUGCGGUGCUCAUCAGCCAGACACGGCGGGAGACGAUGAUCAUCUGCCAGCCACAGCAGCGGAACACCGCCGGACGGAUGUUCGGUGGGUACCUCAUGAGGUGUGCCUACCGCUGCGCCUUUCCCACGGCCUACAUGUUCGCGGGCUCCUUCCCACACUUCGUGGAGGUGGACGAGGUGACCUUCCUUCAGCCAGUGGAGGUCGGCGACAUCUGCGAGUUCAGCGGACAGGUGAUGAUCACCUACACGAAGGUCCGCCCGGUGGUUCAUGUCGAGGUCACCGCCUCCGUGUUGAAGCCAGAUUUGAAAUCCAGCAUGAUCACCAACGUCUUCAACUUCGUCUUUGAGCUGCGGCCGAAGCCCGGGCAAGCGCUCCCGGUGGUGAAGCGCGUCUUCCCGAACGCGGAGGCGGGCGCUCAGCGAGUCGUCCAAAUCAUGGAGCGACACGACUUCCACUGACCCUGUCAUGGGAGCGGUUUCUGGGGCGGUCAAAGCCACGUGUGGGAGGGUCGGAUUCUGG